ACGGGCGCGCGCAGAAGGCCGCUGAGAGCGGGAAGGGUGGAGCUGGAUGCUAGCGAGCGGGGUCCGCCUCAGUCCCGAGCCUGGCCGUGCUGUGGAAGCGGCGGCAGGUUCGAUUCCCGGUGGUGGGGCCGUCGCUGCUUCCGUCGCCGGUUUUAGUACCAACAGCGGCAGCGGCGGCGGCAGCAGUAGCAGCAGCAACAACAACAGUGAGACCAUCGCCUCGCUGCCGGGAAAGAUGAGCCUUUCUCCGAAGGAGCUGACGAGCCUGCUGAGCAUCGUGUCUGAGGAGGCCGGAGGCAGCACCUUCGAGGGCCUCUCCACCGCCUUCCACCACUACUUCGGAAAGGCCGAGCAUUUCCGCGUAGGCUCCGUCUUGGUGUUGCUGCUGCAGCAGCCGGAUCUGCUGCCCACGCCGCCGCAGCGCCUGACUGCCCUCUACCUACUCUGGGAGAUGUACCGCACCGAGCCGCUCGCUGCCAACCCUUUCGCCGCCAUCUUCGCCCACCUCUUGAAUCCGGCGCCCCCUGAGCGCGCCCCCGCCGGCUCGGGCCCUGGAGCGGCAGGGAGCGGCGGCGUCGGGGACGACAACGAAAGGCCGCCGCUCUCAGGCUUUUUGCCCGCAAUUACUCCACCAGAAAGAUUCUUUCUUUCCCAGCUGAUGUUGGCCCCUCCCAGAGAACUCUUCAAAAAGACUCCAAGACAGAUUGUAUCGAUGGAUGUAGGAAAUAUGGGGCAAUCUGUAGAUAUAAGCGGUCUUCAGUUAGCAUUAGCAGAACGUCAGUCUGAGCUACCAACACAAAGUAAAGCUAGCUUUCCUAGCAUUCUCAGUGAUCCUGAUCCAGAUUCUUCAAAUUCUGGUUUUGACAGCUCUGUUGCAUCCCAGAUUAUUGAAGCCUUAGUGAGUGGACCAAAACCACCUAUUGAAAGUCAUUUUCGACCAGAAUUUAUCCGCCCACCACCACCUCUCCAUAUUUGUGAAGAUGAGUUAGCUUGGUUAAAUCCAAUAGAGCCAGAUCAUACAAUUCAGUGGGAUAAGUCAAUGUGUGUUAAAAAUAGUGCCGGAGUGGAAAUCAAACGAAUCAUGGCCAAAGCAUUCAAAAGUCCUUUGUCAUCACAGCAACAAACACAGCUUCUUGGAGAAUUGGAGAAAGAUCCUAAGCUUGUUUACCAUAUUGGUCUCACUCCUGCCAAAUUGCCUGAUCUGGUGGAAAACAAUCCUUUAGUAGCUAUAGAAAUGCUGCUUAAAUUAAUGCAAUCAAGUCAGAUAACUGAGUACUUUUCAGUAUUAGUCAACAUGGACAUGUCUCUACAUUCAAUGGAAGUUGUAAAUCGGCUCACUACAGCAGUUGAUCUUCCUCCAGAAUUUAUUCAUCUUUAUAUAUCCAAUUGUAUUUCUACUUGUGAACAAAUUAAGGAUAAGUAUAUGCAGAAUCGGCUGGUACGUCUUGUUUGUGUAUUCCUGCAAUCCUUGAUUCGAAACAAAAUAAUUAAUGUACAGGACUUAUUUAUAGAGGUACAAGCCUUUUGUAUUGAAUUCAGCCGGAUAAGAGAAGCAGCUGGACUUUUUCGAUUGCUGAAGACACUCGACACUGGUGAAAAUCCUUCAGAAACAAAGACAUCCAAAUAAGACUGAUUUGGAACUUUUUUUUUUUUUUACUUGAUUAGUGUGAAAAAAAAUUCUGUAUAGUUUUUUUGUUGCUUGCAAUUAAAAUGUUUAUGCUUUAUUAAAUAAUGCCUUUAUGUUGAAACUUUUGUUGAUGAUGGAACAAUUUGAACUAAUUUGAAUUUCAAGUAAAUUAACCUGAUGUUAAACCUGGAACUAAAUGGGUGCCAACCUACCUAGCAAAAUAUUUUUUUCUUAUCUGCGCCCCAGAUAAUUUUUAUUUUUAAUCCAUAGAUUUAAAAAAUUUUUUUUUGAAAAACUUGGGAGCUUACAUAUUGCCAAUUAAUAGAUCACCCACUAAAAAUGAUAAAUUGUGGACCCAAGUCAUUCUUGUAAAGGGCUGCUAUUGAAUUUUAGAACUUGCCAAUAUCACCCUUUGAAGAUGCUUCUUUUUCAAAGUGUUACUUAAAUGCUCUGAGUGACCACUUUGCUUAUUGGAAGUUUUGUAGAGGUAUGUUUUAUUUAAUCAAGUGCUUGAACUAGGAUUGUUUUAAGCAAGUUUAAGAUCAAUGGCAUUAAACUCUCAGGAAUUUCCAGUCAAUAUGAAAUUUGCUGAGAAUACUGGGAAUUUAACUUUAUGCAUUAGGAAAUAGUGGGUGUCAGUAAUAGAUCAUGGCAGUGAUCUUGCUAAUGUGAAAUACUGUAUUUGCUUCUGAUAAUUAAGGACUGGCAUUUUGAAAGUGAUUUCUUAAGUCUUAUUUCACUGUCUAAAAUAAUUAAACCUUUUAGUUUUUGAGGAAUCUCCUGAAUUACUAUAGUCCAUAAUAAAGCUUCACAAAAAAUAAAGGUAUCUGUAAACAUAAUGGGAGAAAUUAAUGCUAUUUGGGGGCAAAACAUUUAUUUUUAAGGCACUCCUUGGAUAACUUAGAAUAAAAUAUUGUUUUAAAGCAGUAAUAGGUUCUAAUAGUAUAAACCAUCAGAUUAAUAAUUAAGCUUUACAUGUCACAGAUUAGAAUAAGAUUAAAUCAGUUUUGUAUCACAAAAACAGAUGUUUUGGUAUCUAAUAAAUAUUCAGUUUAAAAUAUUUUGACACUUCAAAUCUUGUCAGAAAAAACAAAUGUAAUUUAGAAUACUUCUGUUUCAUCUCCCAGGUAUUUUUGUAGCCAAUUGUCUUCUGAAAAUUCAAUUCUAUUUCCAGAAGACACUUUCAAUGUGUCAUCAAAUGGUAAUCAUUUUGACUUAAUUACUAUGUUUUCCCCCAAAUAAGACCAUCUUUUUUUCCCUUCAAGAGACUUUAGGUCUUAUUUUCAGGCGAAGUCUUUUAUUGUGUUUCCUCACGGCAGUGGCAUCACCAGCCCCACCCAGCAGGAGCCCGUGUGGCCUAUGUUGACCCACAUCUGCGGGUGUUUGCUGUUGCCCACACACGGUACCCCUGCCCCGUUUCACCAUCAGAGGCAUUCAGGAAGAACCUC